AUCAGCUGUGUCCAAUCACAGCUGAUUGCUGAUCAUCAGGGCACUGAUGAUCAGUGUAGCCCCAGCAGUGCCACCUGCCAGUGCCCAUCAGUGCCACAUAUCAGUGCCUACAAGUGCACGAUGCCACAUAUCAGUGCCCAUCUGAGCUGCCUUUCAGUGUCACCCAUCAGUGCCAGUCAGUGCCACCUAUCAAUGCCAAUCAGUGCCGCCUAUCAGUGCCGCCUAACAGUGCCAGUCAGUGCCGCCUAUCAGUGCCAGUCAGUGCCGCCUAUCAGUGCCCAUCAGUGAUGCCU